UAAAAAGAAAGAUGGUAGCACCCGUUUCUGCGUAGAUUAUAGGAAGUUGAAUGAUGUCACAAAGAAAGACAGUUAUCCUCUACCAAGAAUCGACGAUACAUUAGACACCUUGUCUGGAGCGAAAUGGUUUUCUACAUUAGAUCUACAAAGUGGAUAUUGGCAAGUCGAGAUUGAUGAAUGUGACCGUGAAAAGACCGCUUUCAGUAUGGGCGACGGGUUAUGGGAAUUCUCUGUGAUGCCAUUUGGGUUAUGUAAUGCGCCUGCAACGUUCGAGCGACUGAUGGAACAUGUGUUAAAAGGACUCAACUGGACGACAUGUUUGGUGUAUCUUGAUGACAUUAUCAUCAUGGAAAAAAGUUUUGAUGAUCAUCUGAAAAAUCUAGAGGAAGUCUUUCAGUGAAUAGCAUCAGCCGGAUUACGCUUGAAUCCCCAAAAGUGCUCAUUAUGGAAGAAGCAGGUCACAUAUCUCGGACAUAAAGUGUCAACUGAGGGGAUUCACACCGAGGAGGGAAAAAUAAAAGCAGUUAAAGAUUGGCCUCAACCCACCAACAUUCACGAACUCCGCAGCUUCCUCGGCUUAUGCACGUAUUAUCGCCGUUUUGUACCUGGAUUUGCGAACGUGGCUAGAAGUUUACAUGAUUUAUCAAAGAAGAAUCGCCCGUUUGUAUGGCAGUUGGAACAAGAAAAAGCGUUUGAGCAGCUUAAAGAACUACUUUGUACGGCGCCGAUGUUGGCUUAUCCAAUACCUGGAAAGAAAUUCAUCCUGGAUACAGAUGCGAGCGCUUAUGGAAUUGGAGGUGUCCUGUCUCAGCUCAUCGACGGACAAGAAAGAGUAAUUGGGUAUUACAGCAGAGUGCUCGGGAAACCAGAGAAAAACUACUGUGUGACGCGAAAAGAACUACUAGCUGUGGUGGAAUGUGUAAAACAUUUCCACAAGUAUUUGUAUGGACAACGAUUCUUGCUGAGGACUGAUCAUGCAGCAUUAAAAUGGUUAUUACAGUUUAAGAAUCCGGAAGGCCAAAUUGCACAAUGGAUCGAAAGAUUACAGAAUUACGACUUCGAAACGGAACAUCGAAAGGGGAUUCACCACAAAAAUGCGGAUGCAUUAUCACGUCGCCCUUGUCCCCUGGAAUGUAUACAUUGCUCCAAAUCAGAAGGAAAAGAAGGUAUAAUCGACGUGCGAUUACUGAAUAUAGAACCUGAAGAUGAUUGGACUCCUCACCGCAUCAGAAUCAAUCAGCUGGAGGACCCUGAUCUUGCAAAGCUGAUAAUAGCCAAAGAAAAUGGGGUACGACCACCAAAGGAACAAAUAAGUAGUGAGAGUCCAACUGCAAAAGCAUAUUGGGCCCAAUGGAACAGCAUAAACCUCGUUAAUGGAUACCUUCAUCGUACCUGGGAAAGUGAAGAUGGCAAACAGUCUCGUCUGCUGAUCAUAGUACCGAAGUCUAUGAUCCCGAAAGUGUUGAAAGAAUAUCACAAUGGACCUAGUGGAGGGCACCUUGGGAUUACAAAAACUAUAGAGAAGAUUAAACAACGAUUCUACUGGAUCGGUUGUCGAGAUUCCAUAGCAGAAUGGAUAAGUAAUUGCGUAGAGUGCAUGGCAGCUAAAGGUCCUAAAGCCAAGAGUCGCGGUAGGCUACAACAGUACAACGUGGGAUCACCAUUUGAACGAGUCGCAAUGGAUGUUGCAGGUCCGUUUCCAACCAGUACGGCCGGAAACAAAUAUCUACUGGUUGUCAUGGACUAUUUCAGUAAAUGGCCAGAAGUAUAUGCCUUAAAAAACCAAGAAGCGAAGACAGUAGCCGAAGCGUUUGUAGAAAAUUGGAUAACAAGGUUCGGAGUGCCCGUCGAAUUACACUCACAUCAAGGCAGGAAUUUCGAAUCUUCCAUUUUCCAAGAAGUCUGUACAUUAUUGGGCAUCCACAAGACACGGACAACAGCGUUACAUCCACAAUCAGAUGGAAUGAUAGAAAGAUUCAACCGAACGCUCGAAGAACAUCUGCGGAAAAUCGUUGAUAAAGAUCAACGGAAUUGGGACAAGUGCAUCCAGAUGUUCCUGCUGGCGUAUCGUUCAGCGAAGCACGAGACAACUGGUUACACGCCAGCAAAGAUUAUUUUCGGAUCUGAUCUGCGACUCCCUGCUGAUCUUAAGUUUGGAACGAAUCCUACAGCUGUAAAAAAUGAUGGAGAUUAUUGUUCUGCCUUAAAGGAAGAAAUGAAUGAAUUGCAUCUAAUGGUAAGACAGCAUACGCAUCUGAUGAGCAAUAAGAUGAAGGACCGGUUCGAUCAAGCGGUAAAUUCAAAAGGUUUUGAAGAAGGUGAUCUGGUCCUGUUGUACAAUCCACUUCGAAAGAAAGGCUUGUCCCCGAAACUGCAGACAGCCUGGGAAGGACCCUAUAUGGUGAUGAAACGACUUAAUGACGUGGUAUACCGCAUACAAAGAAAUGGAAAAGCACGAUGUAAAAUGAAAGUAGUACAUUUGGAGAGGCUCGCCCAAUUUGGUUCAAGAGGAUUUGUGCCUAAUCGGGACGAUUAGGCUUUAGUGGAGGGCAGUGUUACAAAAGUAGUAUUAAGUUGUAUUUGUAUUACUAUAUGCAUCCCUGAUUAUGAACAAUAGCUGUAGGUAUAUGGAAUAGCGUUUGUCUUGUUGUAGACAUCUGGCGCCACGGCUGUUUGCUUGUCGAAACAAUAGACAUCUGGCGCUGCACUGUCUGCUUGUCUAGUUAAAAAAUUGCUGAGUCUGGCGCCGCGACUGUCUGCUUGCGUCUGGCGCCGUAUAGCAUUAUGUUCUGGUAAUUUCCAGACGCAAUAUUCUAGAAGGACACGUCGGCAUCAGCGAGAAGUGCGUGGCUAUAUAAGCCGUGGCAGCGCCAACGUAAUCAAUAAGUGCUAAGAGUAAACUGCUAAAGUGUAGACGAGUUGUGAAAUAAAGAGUUGCUGAAUUAAAUUAAACAGUGUUGAUUUUAUUUGUCAAUCCAGAGAUACGAACCUAACAAAGUAAACUAGCAAGCAGUAAAUUCGUAACAGUAUAAUAAUUUUAUUUCUUUUUAGAGCUUCAAAAUGUGAAAGAACAACUCAGGAGCAGCUGCAGCAUCACAGGGUAUUAUCUCAACAUAAAUAUCUUUUUAUCCGCACAUGUAUUCAAUACAUAUGUACAUAUUUACAAAUAAAAUUUUGUCUGAAUUAUUUAAACAUAAAUACAAGGUGCGUUCCAAAGUAAACAAGACUUAAAAAAAAACAGAACAAAUGGUUUUUACACGGUCCAAAAUCAUGUCGGACGAGUGUUUUAGCUCGUAGGCCGAUAUGGCCGCCAGUAUACCGGUGCAAACCAUUUGAAUGGCUUCUACGUCUACAUAACGCUUUCCUUUCAUUGGUAACUCCAUUUUUCCGAAAAGGAAGAUGUCGCAAGGUGCCAUAUCAGGUGAAUACGGGGAGUGGUUAAUGAGUAAAAUGUGAUUUUUGGUCAAAUAAUCAGUCACAAGCUCGAUCGAUGAGACGGCGCAUUAUCGUGCAACAAACGCCAACUUUCAUCUUUGCGAUAUUUAGGCCGAAAACAUCGAAUACACCGCACCAAACACCAACGUAGAAUACCGCAUUAACGUUUUGACCGGCUGGAACAAAUUCUUUGUGGACAAUACCCAUGGAAUCAUAAAAACAAAUCGUCAUUGUCUUCACUUUUGACUUCUCCAUACGCGAUUUUUUGGGUUUCGGCUCGUCCGUCGCCUUUUAUUGAGCACUCUGGAGUUUCGUUUCGGGAUCAUAUUGAAAACACCACGUUUCGUCACCAGUCACAAUAUUGUAAAGGAAGUUUUUGUCCUUCUUGACCUUUUUAAUGAUGUCUUUCGAAUGUUGGAUUCUAAGCAAUUUUUGGUCGUCAGUCAAUUUGUGCGGAACAAACCUUGCACACACCUUUCGUAAGCCCAAAUGUUCGGUUAAAAUGCAAUAAAUCGAUGUUUUGGAGAAGUUCAAUUCCAUUUCCAUGAAUUUCAAUGAUGAUUUCGGCUGAUUUUUGAUAAAUUCACGCACAGUUUCGAUGGAAUUUCCGGUGAUCACAGAUUUUGAUUGGCCCACAUGUUGAUCGCAAUUAUGUCCUCACGACCACUUCGAAAACGUUGAAACCUCGUGUACUCUGCUACGGUAUAGGCAAUCAUUGCCAUAAAUUUCAUCAAUUGAAACGUUUCGGUAAAAGUUUUACCAAUUUUAAAACAAAAUUUAAUGCUGGCUCAUUGUUCGAAGCUCAUUUGCGCACCAAUAACACAAACAUACUGACGCUUAAAACGCAAUAACUUCACUUCCAAUUGAUGAAAUAUUAUGAAAUUCUCACUGGAAAAUCGAUAAAGACGAUUCUAACGCAGCAGUCAACAUUUAGAUGGCGCCACCAGGGGGCGCUAGAUUCCUGUUUUCUUUGGAACGAACCUUGUAUGUAUACAUAUGUAUGUCUCUUUAUUCAUACUUAUAAGGAACGAAGCCCACGAAGUAAUACAUAGCCGGCUGAACCGCGAUGAGGUAGUUUGAAACCUCAGGACGGGCAUAAGCUACUUUCUAUUGUUUUAUGUUAAAAGUUGUGACUUUCGUAAAUAAAAAAAUUAUAUUUAAAAACAUAAGCAUGUGUUCAAUAUUCAUGUAAGAAUCAUUUGAACAUUUUUAUCGUUAAAAAUGCAAAAUAAAAUCACACAGCUACUGGCAGGGUACAGUGGUUUUUGUUUACAUACCGAUUUAGUAUUAUGAUAUUUGUUUUCACACACCACAAAUUUGUGAGGUAUUUGCGAGCAUUUGAGCUUUUGAAAUCACGUCAGCAUACGGAAAACUUCACAAUAGUGAGUGGUGUUAUCAUUAGUUUACCUUUACCCAAGUCAACAACCCUUGUUUACAUCUAGGUCAUCCCCUUUUGUUUACAUUUUAUUACCGAUCACAUAUAAGGCAAUAGCAGAUCGAGUUUAGGUACUUCUCUGAUAUUUUAUCAUUUUUACCAUUAAUUCCUUAUUUGGGGAUUACUUUGAAGGCGACAAAAUAAAUAUUGAUGAAUAUAAUUAAAUUUGUUUGCGUUUUGUUUACAAUUAUACAAGUUAAAAUAAAUUGCAUAUAAAAAUUAUAUUUCAAAUCAUAGGCACGUGUUCAGUAUUCAUGUAAAAAUCAUUGGAAUAUUUAUUUUACUUAUAAAAAAUAAAACAUCACAUAGCUACUGGCAGGGUACAGUAAUUUUUUUACACACAUAUUGUAAUAUUAACUUGCUAAAAUAACGGGUGGGCCAUCUGACGUUUUAAAUUUGAAUUAUCUAUAUUUCGACAUUGAAAACGUCAAAUACCAUUCGGAAAGUGACAGAUAUUCAGUAGAUAGUCUAAAAUUUACGAAAUGGGUCGCUAUUCACUAUUCUACAGUUCGCAGAUUGGGCAGAAGAUCGUUUGACCGAGGAUGGUCAAUUUUACCGAAAAAUCAUGUUUUCUGACGAGGCUCAUUUCCACCUCGAUGGUUACGGUAACAAGCUGUAUAGUGCGGAUUUUGAUCUGGUGGAAUCAUCAGCCCAUUUUUCUUCGAAAAUGAAGAAGGAACCGUAACCAUCAAUGGUGAGCGAUAUCGCGCAAUGUUAACCGAAUUUUUCUUCAAGCAAAUUGAAGAGCAAAACUUGGACAAAAUUUGGUUCCAGCAGGACGGCGCUACGUGCCAUACAGCAAACGUUACACUCAAUCUUUUACGCCCUAUCUUCGAAAUUUAAAAAUUUUUAUAUGGCCCACCCUAUAGAACGAAUAUACAAAUUUUCAAGAAGAAGAAAAAAGCGUCAUUUCGAGGGAAAAUUUGGAUUUUGAAAAGGUUGGAUCUUUCGUCGGUAAUUUUUAACCUUUGAAUCAUUUAAAUGCCUAAAUGAUCACCAGAGACCACUACAUCUUCCUUAAAAAGAAUGCCCCACCCAACAUUGACCUCAUUAAUUUUUCUUCAACGUGUCCUCGAGGAGAGAAGGUUUUGUCUGCUCAGAAUAUGCUUGGAUUUCGUCAACAUCUACAUUUUUUUUGCCAAUAAUGUAGCACGAUUACGUAGCCAGUUAUGAUCCAACAAUUUAAUUUUUUACUUUCCGGAAUAUACUCUCAAUUAAUAACUCUUUUUUUCGAGAACAGGAAAGCAGGUAUUAUCAGGCAGUAUAAUGCACUACUUAAGAAAGGUGAACGUUGACCAGUUAGUCAGCAAUCAUCAGACAGUGGUAAGGCAAUACCACCGAAAACUUCAACGUUGAAGCUUAAAUAUUACAUUAUUUUGUGCAAUAUUUGGGAGCCAUUAUGCACAAAUCUCAAAAUUUGAUCAUCAACAAUGCAACCAUUCAACUAUUUAUGUUAGAUGUUGCGUUAGGUUUGUAAUGAGUUUCUAUGCGUCGUUCGCCUUUACGUAUAAUGUAGCAAAGUAGCCGCAAAGCAAAAGACAAUGAGAUUUUCUGUUGUUAUAUUAAAAACACAAAUUCAGCGAUUGUUGCGAUGAAAUUAUUCAACAAGGAAGUUAUUUUAAAUUUUGUGAUCGGAAACAAUUUUGUGGUUCCAAAACAUUCAGAAUGUUAGAAAAGGUCUUUGGCGAUAACUGUUUGUCGCGACCAAGUAUUUUUUGUCACGUCACGUUUUCGACUAUUGAGGCUUGGUGCACUCCGAACUUUUUCCGAUCGGCUAAACUAUGAACAAGGAAUACUAUUUAAGUAAUAAAAAUCGUUUGCGCGAAGCUAUUCAUAAAAAAAGUCUGAAAUUAUGGGCCGACAGCUCUUGAUCGGGAACGGUCCCCCCCGAUGCCCGGGUGAGGUCGGAGAUAUAAAUGCCUUCUCUACGGAUACCGGCUCUGCGGACGAGUGACCAACCCUUUCCGGCUUACUCGUGGGAUCAAAUUUGAACGAAACUAACAAUACAACAACAACUACAACAACAACCAAAUUGACGACAACGGCGACGACUAAGGGAAACGACAUGACCUAAAGAAAUCCUAUAACAGAAUCCGAAGAGGACGAAUUAUUCGCCUCCAGCCAGGUGACGAGUAAGAGUACUGCCGGAUAAACCAACCAAAGUAUACCGGCAGAUAAGGCAGGGAAAACAACAAAUCUAAGGGAGGAAGCGUCCACCUCCAAAGCUGCCAUGAGGACCAACCAAAGUGCACUGGCGGCUAAAGAAGAGAACAAGAAAAAGGGUAAGAAAUUCCAGAAUCAGCUGAGGAAAAACCGGUACCAGAGGGCAGUCUUCAUAUCGGGAAAGACAGCCAAAGACCAGGCAGAAGGUACCCCAGUUGACGAGGCGGAAACAAAGCGCCUCAAAUCCAUUGUGGAGGAAUAUGACAGUUUCCUGAAAAGGAAGCAAUAAUAAUCUCUAGAAGAGAGCAAGCAGCCAAGCAAUUUACAAAAAAUGAAUCGGUUUAUUACAGAAAUACCAGAAACUCUGCCCAAAAAACCUUGGCGGAGUGAAGGUGAACAAAGCAGUACAACAACGGCAAGACAUUUCUGCGAUAUAGCUAGGGAUAGCCAACGAGUGGCCAACAUAGACGGUAAUUUCUCCUCCCCGAGCACAAUUCAGGAAAGAUGGGUGGAGAUCGACGUCAGAUUGUCGAGUAUGGUGCUAAGCUUUGUACUCGACAAUCCUGCGGGUCUUCCUCCGGAUUUCGACUCUUCUGAGACCCUCAGGGGUUACAGGGUCAUCAAGUGCGCGGACCAGGCCUCGCUAGAUUUCCUGACGGGUAGUGUUGCCAAAAUCAGCAACGCCGUUGAAGGCCUCCAAUUGAAGCCUAUACCCGCCAGGGACAUAUCGAAGAGACCUCGUGCUCGCAUUUGGCUACCCGCUCUAGAGAAGCCGGGGAAAAAACUCCUGAGGUGCAUGGAGCUGCAAAACAAAGCUAUACCUGGUAUAGAUGAGUGACAACUGAUCAAGGAGGAAAAACCGAACAUAGCAAGUAGACCAAUUCUGGUGGCCAUUUUCGAUGAGUCCAUUGAGGCUGUUAAGAAGACUGAAUACAAAAUCAGCUUCGGAAUUCGCAAGCCCAGGCUAAAAAUCUUCCAAGGCGACAAAGCGGCUGACGAAGACGACAUGGAAAAGGUCGACGACGCCAGCCAGUUGCAGCGGAAUAUGAGCAUCAAAGAAACCUGAGAUGCCCUGUAACUUACGAUGCGUACAGAUCAACCUGCAGCACUUGAAGAGUGCUACAGCGCAGCUGACAACUCUCAUAAACGAGAGGGGCAUCGACAUAAGCAUAAUACAGGAGCCCUGGGUUAAUGAAGACACCAUUAAAGGGCAAAACAGCAGCAACUAUAACCUUUUUUACACACGAGACAAAGGUAAACCUAGGGCAUGCAUUCUUAUCAAUAAAAGUAUAAAUGCAUUGGAAUGUUGAACAGAAGGAAAAUCCCUUCUUCCUGGUCUCGGCCUAGUUGGCUCAUGUCGAGGACAUACCACCGGCUCCGCUCACCACACUAGUAGAGGACAACAGGAAGGAAGAUGUCCUAAUAGAGUUUAUGCAAACGCAAGGCACACUGCAUGGGAUAGCUCCAGUAUAAACACCAGAGGUGAGUCACUCUUACAGUAUAUUCUGAAUAGCAAAUUAAGUAUAUGCAACAAGGGCGAUAAGCCAAUCUUUAUUUUCCCAAGCUCUGAUAGAUUUCUGAGGUGGGAGGAAGUGCUGGGCCUCACGCUAUCAACAGACACAGACAGUCUCGCUGUGGAUAACUGGAGGGUAUCCGAUGAGCCUUUCAUGUUGGAUCAUUCCUGGAUACUCUUCAGCAUCCGCGAGAAAUACAGUACUUCUCUCAUAUAUCGCAACAAUUAAAGAACAGCGUGGGAAAAAUUUACCAAUAUAGCAACAAAGUGCCUUGAAAAGGGAGGCAAUAAGAGUAUUAGUAAUCCUCAGGAACUAGAUUCAGAAAUAGAGAAGUUGGAAAAAAUCUUAACCACAACUUUCAAUAAAUCAGCAUCGCUAACAGUUUUGAAAAAGAGAAAGUCUCUUCCUUGGUGGAACAGUGAGCUCAAGAAUUUGAGGACACAACUAAGGAAAGCUUUCAAUGAGAGUUCUAGAACCAAAAUAUGGCAGCCAUAUAAAGAUAUUAUGAAAAGAUACAAAAAAGCAGUCAGGAAAGCUAAAAAAACUCAUGGCGAUCUUUCUGCACAUCGAGAGAAAGUUGCAGAGAAACCGCAAGGCUGAGUAAAAUGCUAUCCAAAGACAAUGUAAUACUGCCUAUAUUAGGACGGAGGGAAAUGAUUGAACCUCCUCGGCAAAAAAGUCUCUGGAGGUACUUAUUACAACGCACUUCCCCGGGAGUCAGCAAACACCUUUAACGAGGGUUCAACCAGAACCACCGAUAAACGCAGCUGAUUACCGAGGCCAAAUAGUAGACAAAAGUAAAAUCAAGUAUGGCAUAAAUAGCUCUGCACCAUUUAAAGCAGCAGGUCCUGGCGGGAUUAUGCCCAUAAUGCUGCAAAAACUGGUAGAACCGAUGGUUCGAAGGAUUGAAGAUAUAUACAAAGCAGCAUUCAACUAUCUUACAUCCCAAAAAGUUGGAAAAUAAUUAAAGUUGUGUUCCUUCCAAAACCAGGCAGAAGAACACACGAUAAUGCAAAAGAUUUUAGACCUAUAAGCCUCACCUCCUUUAAGCUGAAGGUACUAGAAAGGCUAAUAGACUUACAUGUAAGAACAAUAAUGGCGGAUAAGUUAUCGAAGUCCCAACAUGCGUACAUAAAGGGCCGAUCAACCGAAACUGUCCUUCACGAGGUGAUAAGUGUAAUUGAACAAUCACUACACUACAAACAAUACACUAUGGCUGCUUUUCUAGACAUGGAAGGCGCCUUCAAUAAUAUAGAAGUAAAUGCUAUAAUUAAUUCUCUGACACAUGGUGGCAUAGAUGACACUGUGUGCAGAUGGAUAUUAUCGAUGAUUGAGAAUUAGAAGAUUAUAGCAUCAAACGGCGCUAUAACACAAAUAAGUUAUGUGAGUAGAGGGACACCUCAAGGAGGGGUCCUCUCCCCGCUUCUAUGGGUUGUAACGCUGAACGAAAUACUACUCCAACUAAAUGGUGGGGGAGUGAAAGCAGUAGCAUUUGCAGACGACAUAGUGCUGUUGGUAUUAGGCUGUCUCCUUCAACAGUCAGCGAGAUUAUGGAAAGAGCUCUACUAGGAGUUAACCCGAACAAAACAGAAUUAAUGCUAUUCAAAAACAGAACCAAAAACCUCAGUUUCAACUUCCGGUACUAAACGGUACAACACUCACUCUAUCCCCCACAGCUAAAUACAUGGGGGUGGAGAUUGACACCAAACUGUCCUGGAAAAUAAAUAUAGAAAAAAUAAUAAAUAAAGCAUAUAUGGCUUACUAUACUUGUAAGAGAUAGUAUAAUCAUGUGGAUGUAUACGGCUGUCAUAACACCUAUACUUACAUAUGGAGCUCUGGUAUGGUGGCCAGCGCUAAACAUACAAUACAACAUUACAAAAUUAAAUGGAAUACAAAGAGCAGCAUGUCGGGUGUUACUGGUGCAAUCAGGUCAAGUCCGACUGACACCCUCAAUGUGGUCCUGCAUCAACUACCCAUGAACAUCUUUAUUCACAAAACAACAGCAUUUGCGACUAUAGAAUAAAAGAAUUGGGAGGUUGGAAUCAGCAGAACUACGGACAUAAUGCAAUCCUAAACAAGAUCACCAUUAAUAAAUCAGACUACAUUCUCCCAAAGCUGGAUUUCAAUAAACACUUCCAGGUGAGGAUACCAUUUAGACGAGACGGGAGAAGAGGUUCAAUAGGGGAGGAGGAUACCAUCUCAGUCUAUACCGACGAGUCCAAAAUGGACUGCGGAGUAGGCCCGAGGGUAUUCUCCGCUGAUCUUGUCAUAUCUCUCUCUAUACGUCUACCGAACUCGGCUAGUAUCUUCCAAGGGGAAGUACUAGGCAUAGAAAAAGCCUGCUAAGUUCUAUUGGAAAACUACGAAAAUAUACAAAAAACAACUAUAUUUACGGAUAACCAGGCGGCGCUCCUGGCCUUGUCUUCGCCCAUGACAAAUUCCAGUAUAGCCCACAACUGCAAGAAAGCACUAACCGCAAUAAAAGACAAGCUCCAACUAGACUUGAUCUGGGUUCCCGGUUACAGGAACAUUUUCGGUAAAGAAAAAGCAGACGAGUCGGCAAAGGCAGGAGCUUUCCGUAACGAAUCCGAGGCGGAGCUAAUACCAAGCCCGCUAGGAUCGAUCAAACGAGAGAUCAAUAGACAAUUUCAACAAGUUGCAAAUAACAGGUGGAAAAGCAUUACAAAAUGCAUCAUAACUAAACAAUUAUGGCCAACAUAUGACGGGAAAAGAACCAACGACUUAUUUAAUAAGUCAAGGAAAAGUAUCUACAGAGUAACAGCUACCACAUCAGGGCAGUGGCCAUUUGGUUAACAUGCGUCCAAAAUGGGUAUGCCGUACAACAUCUGCCGAGGCUGCGCAAUAGCAGGGAACAAGGAAACACUUUUCCACUUUCUCUGUGAAUGCCCAGCCCUAGCACACAUCCGACACAAAACACUUGGAAUCCAUCAAGCACCAAACCUUGAAUAGAGUUCUACUAAAAGCAUAUCAGACAUAAGUAGUUUCAUCGAAACUUCAAAAUGGUUUGAGAGAGAAGGUGAAACGUGAUAGCAGAUACAGAAGGUUCUACGAAUAGUGUAUCAAAAUGGCACACCAAGUGCUAAUUGAGCCCCAUAGACAACAGGGCUGCACUCCUACCUACCUACCUAUAAUAUUAAAAGAGGCAUGUAAAAAAUUUCAGGUCGGUUUUUCAAAAACUAAGGGACUACUUUGCGUACAUACAGACAGACAGAUGGACUCAGGUCAUCAUGCUGAUCAUUUAUAUAUACAUUUUGUAAGAUCUCAGAUGAUUUCCUAAUAUAGUUUUGAUAUUGAUCCAGGAUUAAUAUAAUACUUUUCACUCUUUACUUUCGACGUAAAGCUUUUAUUUUGAUCACAAAGUACUACAUUAUAAAUACAUCACUUUAGGUUUUUAUUUGGAUACGCCAGCUGCAGUAAAUGUUGAAUUUGGUGGUUGGUUAGCUCGAUAAGUUUAGAACAUGAUUUCCUGUUAAAUUUUAAUACUUGUUUUUUAAAUUUAAAAUUUUCGGACGAAAAGUCAAAAAUAAAAUAAAUAAAUAAAAAUAAAUAUAUGUACUUAUUCUUUUGCACUGUUAUUUCGAAUAAUUCGGGUUGUAUUUUUAUUAAAUUUUUUAAGAAAAUUGUAAACCAUCGAGAACUUAUUUAAUGUGGCUUUUAUACACUUGUGGCCAAGUGGCAAUUUAGUGAGCGCCUAUGAGAUUAUUCCUAGAAGUCAGCUAAUAUUUUACUCAGAAUGUAAUAACACGAACUUUUUUUAGUUCAUAACCGGUGAAUAAUAAUCAAAUUCGUUGCUUUAAUCGAAAAAAAGGUCAAUACUACAUUUACGUAUUUUCUUCUUUUACUUAUUAUUUCUCUUUAGUACUUACUAUAGCAGUGUAUAUAGCAAUUUGAUAUGAUAUUGAAGUGGAAAUUAACAAACCUAUUGUGAAAGGCUAGUGGGUUAUAGUGGUCAUAAUUAUUGUAUAGUAUACUGAAAGAGGAAGGCUACACAAAUCGGUCUACUUAAAAACGACGCUAACAAACCCUGAGUUUUUAUUUUAGGUAAUCGUUUGGAAAGUAUACAAAAAUAAUGGCCUUCAUUAGAAUUGACAGAUUCAUAAAAAAUUAAAAUUUUUAAUUUAAAUUUUUUAUUUUUUUUCUAGUAAUCUAUUUUAAAAAAGUAAAGACAUAAGUAUAAUUAAAUAAGGUUUCGAUUUGACUUAAGAGAAAUUUGAAAAAAAUAAUGUAAUAGUUUAAAAUAUAAAGUCUGUUUUUGUUGAUCCAGUUCUAACCCAAACAUCUUGCGGUUACCAUCAUUUUAAUAAAAAAAAUUUAUGCUAAUAAUUUUUAAAUUAUUUAAUUUUUAUACAAAAUGGCGGCAAUAGACCUUAGGUCGCGGUGCAGUCAUCAAGGCAAUUUCUAUGCUAUUUUAGAAUUUUUAUAGAUGUAUUAAAAAAAUCUAUGAAAAUUGCAUACAGCCUUACUUAAAAAGCUGAAUAUCUCGAGAAGUAUUAAUGAUCGCGGUUUUGACCUCGCAACUUUUUUAUAGCAAAUAAAAUUUCCUAAAAAUUUGUCUUGAACAUUUUUCCUAUAGCUCCUGUCAUUUACGAGAUAUAUACAAAAAAUAGCGAAAUUCUUGGAAAAAUCGGAUUUAGAGUUCCGUACUACCUCGCCGGUGUGAGUUACCACUUUGCUGCACUGGGCACUUUUGUAGAGAGAACAAUUCUGAGAAAUAUGGGUCUAAUGUCAAAGCGAUGCCAUAAAAUACCUCUGAUCUGUAGGAAUUUAAAGAUAAAAACUCACGAUUGUAGUGUAUUUUCUAUGGAAAAUUUUCAGAGGCCUUGGUCCAGUUCUUAAUGUUAAUAUUAAGGGCUAAAAUUUUCAGGGAAUUUUUUUUAGGGUAUUUACAAGGAAAUUUCGUGACGGGACCGAGAAAAAUUAAUUGUUCAAAAAACACCCUAAUGUACAUAUACGAGUAUGUUAUAUGUGUAUGUAUAUAGGAAUAAUCAGAGAACUAACAAACAAGAAACAUAACAACAAGUCUCCGCUAUCGGAACUCUAAUACAUUCAAAGAAUUAGCGUGAAACUAUCGCAUAUGCAUACAUAUCGUGAAACUCAUCAGGUUCAUAAUACACGUAGUAAUAAACUCAUUGGAACUUUAAAAGAUAUCUCAGGUAGCGCUGUUGCGUUAUUAAUCGAUAGUUGGUUUACAGUGAUACGAUUAUUACAAAAUUUUAAUCACAGCGCCACCAAGUUUAGAGAAUGGUUUCAAAUUUGUUCGAACGAAUUUUUAGUGGCAACAUCGUUAUAAUCUCUCGCCACUUUUUGUAUACAGACUCAUACUCGUGAUGUAAUGUUAUUUAAUAAAGUUCGCAUAAAUUCCCAUUUUACAAGGCUCGUUUGCCAUAACACGUUGUAUAUACAUACUUAUGUAUACUUGUUAACGUUCUCAAAGCAUUUAACGCGUAUUAGCCGAUUUGCUGCUGCGACGCCAACUAUGUACAUUGUGCGAUUAGAAGCAUUUUAUUCUUUCAAAUUGAAAUAUUAAAGUUUUGUAAACAUUUUUGUUAAAAGCUUGAAAUAUGUAAUGUUAUUGUACAAUGAUUUGUGAAAAUAAUGUGUACGUGGGAAAUUAAUGUAACGUGUGAAAGACUACAACCUUGAUAUGCACAAUGCAAAGUACACAAUGCAACGAAGGUCAACAAAAUACAAAGUGACGGUAACAUAUGAGGAAAUAAACUACAGUAAAAGCAUUGAAAGAAACAAUUUCAUUAAAUUUGUGGUCCCUUUUAAGUCUCCAACAAUAGCUAGCAUUCCUGGACGCUUAUCCAUUAAGGAAAUGGUUUGAUGGAACCCCUCACCUUGUUCGUCCCUCACAGCACCCAAAUUUGUCGGAAAGAAAUCCAGAUGAGAGUCCAGCAUAUUUAUUUUCAAGGACAUAUUAAACCCCAAAGCUUUAAAUGAUAUCAUAUAAGUGUUACGAUCACUUGUGUCAAAAUUCGAAAUACAGCUAUUUACGUGACGAGUUCACGGAUGUAACGAUUCGACUCCAGCUAAAUGCACGAAAUUUUUAUGCAUUACUAAUUUGCAUUAAUAUGGAUCAAAUGCGCAAGUUAAGCCCGCAAAUUAGGUCUGUCGUCUGCCAAGGCUAUUAGGCUCGAAAAAAUAUAUAAGGCCAGCAUCCAAUUAUUAUACGAGUACAUACCGAAAAAGUGGGAAAAAAGUUAAAUUAGUGUAUAUUAGCAAGGACACUACAUCACAAACACACAUAGAAUAUAGCACGAUUAUUGAUUUUCUGUCCAAUGGCAGCAUUGACGGCAUUAUGUGCAUGAUUAUACAAGUAGCAUCAUAUAGCUCAGCGAAACACAUAAGCUACGCAAAUAGAUGCUCUCAUCAGGAAGGUGUCUUUUUCCCACUUUUAUAAGUGGUGGCGCUGAAUUGUAAGGGAAGUUUCCUUCAGAUACACUUAUCUGCCCAUUUGUCGGAACCGUUGAUAUCGGAAAACUAUAGCAUAUAUCUGCAAUACAAACUGACUGAUCAUGAUCAAAUUCAUGUGAGGAAUCUUUUGAAUUUGUGAAGGAUAUUAUACAUAUGUACUCUUUCUAAAGGACAUACUCGA